AUGAAGGUGGUGUUCCUGACUCUCCUCUUUGGUCUCAUUUGUGGGGCCCAGGAAACUCCAGCUGAAAUAGACCCCUCAAAGGUCACAGGAGACUGGCGCACCAUUUAUGUGGCCGCGGAUAACAAGGAGAAGAUUGUGGAAGGGGGCCCACUGAGGUGUUAUUAUCGUCAGAUUGAAUGCAAAAAUGACUGCGAAUACCUCCUCAUUUCAUAUUAUGUCAAACUUGACGGCAGAUGCCAGUUUUUCUCGGAAGAGCUAAAGAGGCAAGAGGGAGGUAUUUACAUCAUAGAAUUCGCGGGUACAAAUUAUUUGCAAAUCAUUCAUGUAACAGACAACAUGCUGGUAUUUUAUUUUGAAAACGAUGAUGGACAGAAGAUCACAAAAAUAACUGAAGCUUCCGGCAGAGGAACCAGUUUCACUCAAGAAGAACUUCAGAAGUAUCAGGAGCUGAACAGUGAAAGGGGGAUUCCAAAUGAAAAUAUUGACAAUGUCAUCGAAACAGGUAAAGCCCCUCAGGAAAACAGCUAUCCGAAAUGA